CAAACAACUUCUUCUUCAUCUAAUCCUAAGUUCAUCAGUCUGGUGGGUAGCUUUCCUUAAAAUCCAGUCCCAGUAUCCAGCCAGCGUCUCGUCAUUCAAGUGGAGAAGAAGAAGAAGACGAAGAAAAUUGUAGUUUUUAAAAUUCAGGAUGGCUACCUUCACCUAUGGCCUACUGUGCGCAGUCACGGGGGCAUUUUUCCUCCCCCUGAUCUCCACCCAGGAAGUCUACUACCAACUUCCCACUCCUUACUCGUACGCAUGUUUGAACGAGACCUGUUCCAGGGACAGGAAUCCGGAGGAUGCCCCUUCAACCCAAUCCUUAGCCAAGUGCCGACUCCUUUGCGGGGAAUAUAGAUCAAUCUGGCCACGACCCACGGGGGCAGUCGACCUCGCCGAUGAGCUUGUUUCAUUCAAACCACAAAGACUUUUCAUCAACUGGGCGCACCCUCCAUCCGCCCGAGUGAGGGAAAUGCUGCAACAAGCUGGCAAAAGUUUCCAAGUCGAACUACUAAAAAUGCAUCCUGGUUAUGACGCCUCGGUUUCUGGCAAGCAGCCGAACCCCUUUGAUAAGAAGUAUACUUCAGAAAUUGAGCGAACCACGGUGAUGGUGUCCAUGAAGAUUGACUCCCCGGAGGAACGCCUCACUUUGAAUACCAAUGAGAGCUAUACCAUGGGCGUCAACACGACGGAAAGUGGCGUCGUGGAGGUUAAGAUUCACUCGAAAACCUACUACGGAGCUCGGCACGCCCUGGAAACUUUGAGCCAACUGAUCAACUACGAGGACACUUGCGACUGUCUGAUCAUGGUGAAGCACGGCUACAUCGAGGAUGAGCCCGCCUUCCCUUAUCGAGGCCUCAUGGUUGACACUGGACACAACUACAUUUCGCCAAAAAUGAUCAAAAAGACGGUGGAUGCCAUGUCCUACAAUAAAUUGAAUACGCUCCACUGGCACGUGUCUGACGCUCACUCUUUCCCCUUCUACUCAAGACGAGCCCCAAAAAUGGCGUUAUACGGUGCUUACGCCCCACACAAAAUCUAUUAUCCCGACACUAUCCGAGAUAUUGUGGAGUACGCUCAAGUUCGUGGAAUUCGGGUCGUUCCAGAAAUUGGUGGCCCUGCCCGUGCCGGAAAUGGAUGGCAAUGGGGUGAGCGAGAAGGCAAAGGAGACCUCGUCGUCUGUCUGAACAAGGAACCCUGGAAGGAAUUUUGUGCCGAACCACCAUGUGGACAACUUAACCCCCUCAACAAUGAGACCUACAGAGUCAUGGGCCGCGUGUACCGAGACGCUCUGGACGCCUUCACUAACGCCGACUUUUUCCACAUGGGCGCCGACGACGUCAACUUCCAAUGCUGGAAUUCCUCCGACUCGAUGAACGAAGUCCUCCGCGCCACCGCCCAAAUCCCGAACGACGUCACAUUCCAACGCUUAUGGAUGGAGUACCAAUCCCGCGCCCUUCAAACGUUGUACGAAGCCUCCCCCGAAGGCGUCGAGAAGCCCACGCCGAUCAUUUGGGAUAGUAAACUCACCUCACUCCGCGACUCGGAAGUCGUCCUCGACCCAGAAACUUAUGUCAUUCAGAUCAAAAGCCCCGCCAGAGAACCCACCCUCGCCAAAGUGAUUAACCGCGGGUACAAACUCAUCUUUUCCAACGCGGACGCCUGGAGUUUGGAUUGCGGAUUUAACUCCGGACUCCUCCCGCCGAUCGGGCUUGGACCCCAGAAUCAAAAUACGGUCGUUCCCGCGUGCGGGGGUGAUUACAAGACGUGGAAAACGGUGUAUGACAAUGAUCCAAUGAACAUUGCGGCGACGCAUCACAACAAUGAGACCGCCGCGUAUGCCCAAGUUCUCGGAGGAACGGCGACCAUGUGGACCACAGAGACGGAUGACAUGACCCUUGAACCCAAAUUGUGGCCGAGAGGUUCCGCCCUGGCGGAAAGAUUGUGGUCAAAUCCGACCCAAUCUUGGAGAGAGGCGGCCCCACGACUGGACUCACACCGUGAACGACUCGUCCAACGUGGUGUCCACGCUGAGGCGGUCAGACCCGAGUGGUGCUACCACAACAGAGCAGAAUGUGAAUUACUCCUCUAAAAUUGACUACAAUUUCUACACCAGACUUUCUUAAAAACAUAUUUAACUGAGACUUGCACUUUUUUAUCCGUUAAUUUAUUACUCACUCACUCAAAAUGGAGAGGAAAAGGGGUUUAUAGCAUUUAGAUAAUUUACUGACCCGACAUUUAAACGAUUAUGACCAAAACGGACUUUUAUCCUCACACAAAAGCUUAAAAAGUGGAUAAAUAUUAGCUUCAUGUACUUGUUUGUAUGUACUUUGGUGACAUCUCAUUAAGCAAUAAAUCUAAUUUAAUACGAUA